UUCUUUCUCAGCUUUGAUAUUCCCCAUUCAAGGUCAAAAUGGAGCCACAAAAUGGAGCCACGUCAACAGAGGAUUUUUUGGAUGAGAGUUCAUUACAAGAACUAAUCCAACUGCUAUCAGAUGAUGUCAUUCUUGUACCAAGUAGCAACCAACAACCAUAUGAAAAUCAUCAGAUUCAAUACCCAUAUGUUCAAGCCCCAUCAGAUUCAUUUGUGUUGAAUCAACAUGGCAUGUAUUCUUCCCCAGGGCCUAUGUUUAAUCCUGCUCCAGAACUCUCGUUUGAUAUCGGCCAGAAUUUACCUCCAGAGCGACACAAUGUCAACUCUAAUAGGAAUAUCAUUCCUUCAACUGGAAAUGUGAGAACUCGUCAGAGGGCUACUUACAGGAGAGGACGAAUGCCUAGUUUAUGCCAAGGAUCGUCUUCACGUUCAAGAAGAGAGGUCAUUCAAAGAGAACAUGAGACAAUUGGUCAUCAAAAUGAUACCUACCCGGCGAGAGGUCAUCAUCCAUGGAAUCCACGGCAAACACCAAUUCGUAACCGUCUAUAUGAGGCUGAGAAUGGUCUACCGGUGGAUCCUUUCUUACGUGCUAUGCAGUUGAAUCCAAACUUCAACAUUAGUAGAGGCAACAACUAAGGAACAGACAGAGCCGGGUUAGCGAUUUGAAGAUUCCUUUUGAAAAAUGCAGAACAAAUGCUAGCUCGUGAUGGAAUUUUUUUACUUUUUGUUUUGUUAGUUCCUUUAAUUUCCUUGUUGUGGAGUGAGGAGGUUUGGUAGGCAGAAAUUUCCUGGUUGUCGUGUACUUUUGCAAUGGUUGUUUAAUAAAUUGUCAUCUUCUUAUUUCUCUUGCAACUUAUGCACCUUUUAGACUAUAGUCUAGAUAUUUUUUUUGAGAAAACUGCAAAUUUUAUUAGAAAUUGGUAAACAAGUUUUACAAGCUAGUAUUCAGUUCUCUCGCUAUGAACUGU